AUGUUCCUCAUUACACAUGCCAUCUCGCUUAUCUGCCUCAUUGGUUUAGUAAGUGCCAAUACUGAAACAAUUCUUUUACCAAUACCUCACUAUUAUAAUAUUCCUGCACACCCAUCAUCUUAUGUUCAACAUUUGGAAUCACCAGUACAUGCUCCAAUGGUAAAUGAAACACAUUCAUUAUUGAAAGAUUAUCCAAUUGGAAAUAAAUUUAAGCAAAUUAGUGUUUCAAAGUCGGCAGUUAACGUGCAGUACAAUGAUAAACUUGCAUUACCUCAUACCCUUUUGGUGAAGUUAAAUAAUUAUAACGACCAAACAUUCAAAUCUGACGAUACACUUUAUGUGAAACUUUGCUGGCCCGCAACUGAGCCCUUUGAUGUGGAUCUAUCAUAUAAAUUCAUUCAGGAAGAAGAAGGGGAAGAGUUAGAUUUGUACUUAAUUAUAAAUUACGAAUCAGAUGCACACAGUUAUACGAAGGGCCAUAGGCUAGAUUCAUUCAGCUUCAAUUUGCAUGUAUCCAAUUCGCCAUGGGAUUUAAUAGAUUUGAUUGUAUAUUUAGUUGACCUUUUGAUAAUUAUAGUUACAAUUAUCUUACCAAAUUUAAGAAAGUUAGUAUAA